CCUCACGGUAUCUUCUGCUAUCUUCCUCACGAAGCACAGUACUAAAUGGGUUUUGAGUUUCUGGGAUCUGGAAUUCGUUUAUAUUUUAUCUAAUUAGAUACUUGAUUCAAAACAAGAGGAGAGUUCAGCCAAAAUGAAGAGGAAAUCGGAGUUUCAGGUUCAAGCUCUUGAGAAAUUCUAUGCAGAGGGGGAAAAUCCUACACAUAAGAAGAUAGAAGACUAUGCUGCAGCUUUGGAAUUGACAUAUGAGCAGGUUCGGAAAUGGUUCAGUGACAAGAGAAGAAGGAAGAAGAAAGAUGGGGGAGCUGAGAAUCUUAAGCAACGGGAUCCCCUAAUUUGUAACAGAACAAAGACAUCUGGUGGGGAAGAAAGGAAAAGCAGGCUUAUUCAGGAUUUGAUGACUCCAGGCUACAUUCUGGCCAAGGUGUUUCGCAAGGAUGGUCCAACUCUUGGUGCCGAAUUUGAUUCUCCUCUCCAGCAGUUUCGCCAGUGUUCAAAGAAUUCAUAUUCUGAUGAGCAAGAGUGCAGAAGAGGAGCAUCUAAAAAGAGAAAGGUUUCUGAGCUUGCCACCAUGGUUUAUCAGAAUAACAACAAGGAGAGUGCUCCAGUGACAAAGCAUGGUAUGGGGAAGGGUUUGAUGACAGUUUGGCGGGUUGUAAAUCCUCAAGGUGGAAAUUUACCUCCUGGAAUUGAAUCGUCUGAUGGACAAAUUGAUGAUCUUCCCCAGAUAUCAACUCUUGCAUUACAGAAACCAUUACCUCUGUUCAAAAAACAACAGCCAGUUGUUUCUCUAUUGAAAAAGAAAAGGUUAGAAAAGGAGUUACAGGAAAAGAAAAGACGAUCUGUUAGAAGGAGAGAGGUCGAAUCUAACAGAAAUGACAGUCAUAAGCAGCCUUGCAAAGAGAAAUGCGAACUUGCUCUUGAAGCAAUUUCAUCUAGUGAAUGCCUUGAUCAAUUGGCAAUGCUAGUUGAUGAUGAAGAGUUGGAGUUGAGAGAGUUACAAGUAGGGUCCAAUCCACAAAAAUGUUCUGAUCAUCUUGGGACCGGUGGGGUAUUUGGUUGUUCACUUUGCCGAGAUUUGCUGCCCAAGUUUCCUCCUAAUUCCGUUAAGAUGAAGCUGCCUUUUGGUAUGCAACCAUGGGAUUCUUGUCCAGAAACUGUGAAGAAACUGUUUAAGGUCUUCCAUUUCCUCUAUACGUAUUCUGUAAAAAUGGAUAUAUGCCCCUUCACACUUGAUGAGUUUGCUCAGGCAUUUCAUGACAAGGAAUCCUUGUUACUUGGUAAAAUUCAUGUGUCUCUUCUCAAGCUUCUGUUGUUUGAUGUUGAAAUGGAGCUGAGCACUGGGGUUUUGCCUCAUUUAAGUGUAUCUUGCAAGUUUCUUGCUUUGCUUCAUUCGGUUGAGAAUCAGAAAUUUGUUGUUGAGUUCUGGAGAAAAUCUCUGAAUCCUCUAACAUGGGUGGAAAUAUUGCGUCAAGUACUGAUUGCUGCUGGCUUUGGGUCUAAGCAAGGUGCAUUGCGGAGAGAAGCACUUAGUAAGGAAAUGAGCCUCAUGGUGAAGUAUGGCCUAUGUCCUGAUACCUUAAAGGGUGAGCUGUUUAGACUGUUGUCUGAGCAAGGAAAUAGGGGAAUGAAAGUCUCUGCCUUGGCAAAAUCUUCACCAAUCACUAAACUGAAUCUUGACAACACGGCGGAGGAACUAGAACAAUUAAUUUGCUCUACCCUUUCAAGUGAUAUAACUUUGUUUGAAAAGAUCUCAUUAGCUGCAUACCGUCUGCGUGCUGUUUCUAUUGCAAAAGAGGCAGAUGAUUUUCAAUCAGAUAGUGAAGACUCUGGAAGUAUUGAUGAUGACUCUGGUCAAAGUGUUGCAUGUAGCAGCAGCGAUGAUUCUGACUUUGAUUCAGAAAAUUCCUGUCAACAAAAAGUGAAGCAUAAUAAUUGCUAUAAAUGUAGGAAAAGUAUGCUAACAGUUAACAAUGAAAUUGAUGAGAGCAAUCCAGGAGAAGUAUGGUUGUUAGGACUCAUGGAAGGUGAAUAUUCAGACCUCAGCAUUGAAGAGAAGUUGAAUGCCCUUGUGGCUUUAACUGAUCUCCUUAGUGCUAGUUCCAGUAUAAGAACUGAGAAUCCAGCAAAAACGGUUGUCGAGUGGGUUCCAAACAUCUAUUCUCAUGGUUCUGGAGCAAAAAUAAAGAGAGCAUCAUUGAACCAACAGAAGUUUUCUAGACCAUCAUGGCUCCAUGUUGGACAGAAAAAUGGUUUCCAAGCAUGCACAUUGCCAGAAUCUUGUCCAGUUGAUUCAUCCUUAACAAUUUCAAAAUUCUAUGAAAUGGAGAAAUCGUCUAGCAAUAGGGAUGAUGCUAGAGAAACAAAAGCUGGGGUGGAUUUACAUCCAAUGCAAUCUAUAUUUUUAGGCGCUGAUAGGAGGUAUAAUAGAUAUUGGCUUUUCUUGGGCCCUUGUAAUGAAUGUGACCCUGGACACAGGAGGAUUUACUUUGAAUCUUCAGAAGAUGGUCACUGGCAAGUGAUUGACUCAGAAGAGGCUUUGCGUGCCUUGUUGUCAAUUUUGGAUGAUAGGGGUAGACGAGAAGCUCUCCUUAUUGAAUCUUUAGAGAAAAGAGAAGCUCCUCUUUGCCAAGCAAUGUUAAGUAGAUUGUCAAAUAAUGUAGAAUCCAUGCACACACAUUCUGAUUCAUCUGAGUUGGAUAUCGUUAGAGAGGAUAGUUCUUCUCCUGUGUCUGGAAUUGACAAUAGCAUAACUCAGGGUGUGAAUGACACUUCAGCCCAAUGUGGUGCUAUAGUUCUUGAAGCAGGAAAGAAGGGAGAAGAACAAAAACGAAAAUGGAGACGUCUCCAUGAAUAUGAUGGUUGGAUAUGGGAUUAUUUUUACUUAAAUCUAAAUGCUGUAAAACUUGGUAAACGGUCUUAUGUGGAUUCACUUACUAGAUGCGAAAGAUGUCAUGAUUUGUACUGGAGAGAUGAGAAGCAUUGUAAGAUUUGUCAUACUACAUUUGAGCUUGACUUUGAUCUAGAAGAAAGAUAUGCUGUUCAUGCAGCUACGUGUAGAGAGAAAGAGAAUGACAUUUUUCCACAUAAAGUCCUAUCAUCACAGUUGCAAUCACUGAAAGCUGCUGUUCAUGCCAUUGAGUCAAUUAUGCCAGAAGAAGCUUUGGUGGGUGCUUGGACAAAGUCUGCUCAUAGGUUAUGGGUCAGACGACUAAGACGCACCUCAUCUUUGUCUGAGCUUUUGCAGGUUCUUGCUGAUUUUGUUGCUGCAAUUAAUGAGGAUUGGUUGAAUCAUUAUAUUGUUGAAGAAGGUUCUUUUACUGUUAUUGAAGAAAUUGUAGUGUGCUUUCCAACCAUGCCCCAGACCUCAUCGGCGAUUGCACUCUGGUUGGUAAAACUGGAUGCACUAAUUGCCCCAUAUUUGGAAAAGGUUAAUACUAGAAAGAAGCAGGCAAUCAGGAGUGGAUGUUCAGGUAAGCGAUCUUCUACGCAGAUCGAGUCUUUAGCUGAAGAUCAUGCUGGUGGGAAUCUCAUUUGCUUAUAGGAGGCAUCCCGCACCAAAUUGCCCUGGCUAUGGCUCUUGGACUUUUUGACGCAUUUUGAGUUCAAAUGGAAGCAAUGAAGGCAUAAAGGCAAAAGAUUGUACAGAGCUGAGUUUCAACCUUGUUUUCUUUUUUUUAUUAUCUGCUGUACUGAAGCAAUUUGAGUUUGUUUAGAAAUUGUACAGCAUAAGUGGUAAUAUAAAUAUUUAGGAAAUGUAGGGUUAUGGAACGCAACUGACAUAGCAUGCCCUUUUUGGUUGCAUGAAUGCCUAUAUAUUACCCUCUUGUAGAAAAGAAAUGUUGCAGGUCUUUGUAGCAGGGGAAUGCCACUUUACUGAUGUAUACUCACCAUUUUAUUUUGGUAAUGGAACAAUAAAUCUGACGAUUAGAA